AUGAGGUUCGCUCCCACUGUAGCACUGGCUCUGCCGGCCAUAGCUGCCGCCUACCCCGGCAAGAUGGGUCCCACAUCCCGAGCGGAGAUGGAGCAACAGCUCCUAGCACAAAUGGAGAGCGAGGAUCUUGCUAAACGGGCCGCGGAGCCCCAACUCCUGAAACCUGUCGGUAACCUCCUGGGCUCGCUUGGCGACCUGGUUGAUGGUCUCUUGACUUCAGUCGGUCAGGCUGUUGUCAAGAAGAGCAAUAGGCAUCCUGAACCCGGCUUCGAGUUUAAGGCCCCUGGACCAAAUGACUCUCAUGGCCCUUACCCGGGUCUCAAUCUUCUUGCCAACUACGGAUACCUGCCGCGCGAUGGAUACGUCAAUUUUGGCCAGGUACUGGGGACUACGGCGCGUGGUUUCAACAUAAGAGUGGAUCUUGCUACAGUUCUGGCCACCUUUGCUGUCUGGGGCGGUGGCGAUCUUGAUGGAAUAUCGUUCUACCUCGGCUCAGGGAAAGACGGCAUUGCUGAUGUAUCGCCCAACCGCGAAGACUGCUAUAACAGCUGUGGCGAAAACCACUACAUCUCUUCUCGCCUCGUCAAGCGGAUGGUUGGUUUCGCCACCAAAGACCCUAAGAAGGAGCUUAGCAUGAACGAGAACUGGUACCGUCGCGAUACUCCGUACGGUGUGGUCCAGACCAUUGCUGAUGGCUUUUUGGCUGUCUACCCGCGCAGCAUCAUCGUGCCUGGAGCAGCGCAGGUGGGCACGCCCAACCUCAGUGUUCAGACAGUCCUCUACGAUAUGUACCAGGAUCUAAACUCCAUUGCUCCGCUUGCGCUUGGUGACACAGGGGAGAAUGUCGCAAAAAGAGUUUCUUGGGCUCUUUUGGUCUUGGAUCUUCUGCUCAGCAAGACGGCGCUUGGAUGUCCUGACAGAGUUAUCUCGCUCAACUUUUUGUUUCCGGGUUCACAGAAGGAAGGGGGUCCUGUGAACCUGCCACGGGUGCUGUCGGAUCGUUGGAUAGGGAAUAAUGUUUAUGGAAAAGUAUAUUUCGUCAGCAACAAGGUGCGCGUAGAGGCCAUGUGUCCGUCAGCACCGACAUGCGGGGAGUGGUGA